UUUCCUCAGAAAAAAAACGUUGGAGUGUCGCUCACGCUUUGGGCUUUAGACUGCCUUCAGCGACUCCGCCUUUAAACCCUCUCUCUUUCCGUGUAUUAUUCAUCAGACCCAUCGCCGCCUUUUCCUUAGCUGCCUUUCCGUGCCGCCAAAGUCCGUCGUCGCGAAGCGUGGCUGCCCAAAGGCCACCGAAUCAGAGAGCUUACUGCUUUACUGUAGUUCUAUUAACUAAGGUAUAUAGUUGACAUCAAAUUUUGAUCAUCCCGUUGACGUUACAUUCAGGAGGUUUUGAGGAGCCAUGGGGAGUGUUUUGUCUUCCACUACAGAAAAUCCUGACCCGCCCUCGUCCAACUCAACGAUUCCCACUGAUUCUCAUAAGGCUGGCUCACCACCAAACUCAUCAAAUCCCCACCUGGCCGAUUCAGAUUCUAAAACCCCAGACAAGCAAAAUCCAAAACAUUCCUUAGAUCCCCAAUUGGGUAACAAAACCCUAGAAGAAGAGAAGCGUCAGGAAGAUGAAGGCCAAUCAGAGAAUGUUAUGGAGGAAGAAGAGGAAGAGGAGGAGGGAGAGUGUGGCUUUUGCUUGUUCAUGAAAGGGGGAGGGUGCAAGGAGAGUUUCAUAGCUUGGGAAGAGUGCGUUAGGGAGUCUGAGAAGACAAAGGAGGAUGUUGUUGAAAAGUGCUUUGAGGUCACCGCAACAUUGAAGAAGUGUAUGCAGGCUCAUUCAGAUUACUAUCUGCCCAUUUUGAAGGCUGAGGAGGCAGCUGAGAAGGAGGUUGCCAAAGAAUUGGAGAAGGAAAAGGAUUCUGAGAGCUUGGAGAAAAAUGCUACUUUGGAAAAAACGGAUCAAAAGGGUGGAAGUUCCAGUGAAAAAGGAGACAAUUAGAGAGCGAGGUGCCUUUGUCAAUUGGAAAUAGUAUAUAGAUAAUUGAGAUUGAUAUUUUCUGAAACUCCAAAUCUAACCACUAUGGUGGGCAGUGAUUGAGAUUUUUUGUACGCGGCUUUAGUUGCUGAUAUAUCAUGUCUCUUACUUGACUUGGCUCUAAUCUGACCACGUUCUUGUUGAUCAUGUUGUUUGUGUAAUCGAAAAAUCAGUGUUGAUUUGCUCAUGUGUUUCAUAUGGGUUGAAAAA